GCUAACCGACGCGGGGGUGCUCAUGGUAAUAUGGUAUAAAACGCCCCCUCGUCGAGCUUUUCCCUCCUCUCUCCAUGGCUCCCGGCGAUCGAUGGUGCUUCAUCCACCUUCAGCGUUUUGUAGUUCUUCGAGUCGGAGGAGUUGUAAUAUUUCUCAGAGAUUUUGAGAUAUCACUGUAGGUUGCUUUUGUACUAAUGGAUUGUGACACAGUGACAGAGCCAUGGUUUAGUAAUUUGUGGAGAACUUCACAUAAGGGCGUAGGGCCUGAUUCUGGCAAUGCUGUGAUUGGAAUUUUGGCAUUUGAAGUUGCAAGUUUUAUGUCAAAGUUGGUUAAUUUGUGGCAGUGUCUGAGUGAUAGCGAGAUUGUUAGGUUGAGGGAAGAGAUAUUGAGCUCCAGUGGUAUCAGAAAGCUUGUUUCGAAUGAUGCUGAUUAUCUAAUGGAUCUUGUAUGUGCUGAAAUGAUUCAGAAUAUUGCUAAUGUGGCAAAAUCAGUCGCAAGGCUUGGGAAAAGGUGCGAUGACCCUGUAUAUCACCAACUUGAACAUGUUCUUGGUGAUCCGAUUAACUUUGAUCCCAAGUGGUGUUCCUGGGAAUACAGGUUGAAGAAGAUGGAGAGGAAAGUUAAGAAAUUGGAAAGAUUUGUUGUAGUUACAGCAGAGUUGUAUCAAGAGCUUGAAGUCUUGACUAAGCUUGAGCAGAAUCUAAGGACAAUGCGGGGUAGUGUUGGUUUAAAUCGGGUGAAGUUACUUGAGAUCCAGAAGAAAGUAUUAUGGAAGGGACGGGAAGUGAAAAGUUUGCAAGAGAUGUCUCCGUGGGUGAGAACAUAUGAUUAUAUGGUCCGGCUUCUGCUAAGAUCCAUUUUUACAAUAGCCAGGAGGAUCAAACAUGUAUUUGGGAUUAAUAGAUGGGCAUCUGUUGAAGGAACUAGUGAUUCUGAACUUUCAAGUGCUGAUUGGGGUGUUCACAGCUAUUCCUGCCGUAUGCAUACUUUAGUUCAUCCAUCUGAAAAUAAGUUGUCUGUACUCAGUUCCAGACAUCUGGGGAGGUCAGCAUCAGAUUUGGGGCGGAGUGGUGAAAAUAUGGAAUCAAAGAAAAAGAAAUUUCAAGCUCAUCAGCAGUGGCCCCUAUGUGGGAAGCCCCAAUCUCCAAAAACCAAAGGUUUGGCUCAUGCUGGACCUUUUAAAGGAUGCAUGAAUGGAAGGGAAUCUCCUCAAAAAGGCAUGCUGAUGAGAGCUGGGUCUUUGAGGUCAACUGGUGCUCUCCCAAAUAACAUCGAUAAAAGUAAACAUCUCAACAUUGCGCCUAAUUCUUGCAGAAACUUUACUCAUCCUGAAAUAUCACUUUUCAUUUCCAAGUCCAAGCUACUGAAGACCCCUCCAUUCACUGUUGGUGCUGCUGCUUUAUCUCUCCACUAUGCCAAUAUUAUUGUUCUGUUUGAGAAACUAGCUUCAUCUCCUCUCUUGAUCAGCCUUGAUGAAAGAGAUAAACUAUAUAAUAUGUUACCCACAAGUGUCCAAACCUCUCUAGGGGCAAAGAUGAAGUUGUUUUCCAAAACUUCUGCUUCAUCCGUCUAUGGUGCUGAUCUUGCAGUGCAAUGGAAUAUGACAUUAUCAAGAAUAUUAGCAUGGCUGGCUCCACUUGCCCAUAACACAAUAAAGUGGCAUUCUGAGCGGAAUUUUGAGAAACCGCGUAUGGUUCCUGGGAGAACUGUGCUACUUAUCCAGACCCUACACUUUGCAGAUCAAGUGAAGACAGAAGCUGCAAUUAUGGAGCUUCUUAUGGGUCUGAAUUACAUCUCAAAGUUUGGAAGAGAAAUUCAUGAAAAGGCUCAUCUUAAUUCUGCUGGUGGGAAAGCUUGUGACAAUAAUUUUCUAGGAAGAGACAAUAUUGUAUGCAGUGUCUGAUGAACACAAGACUAACUGAGAUCGGGGCUCAGUUGCUGCCUGGGCACUUGGGUAGUGUCAUUUUUUCUAUUCUACUUCUUUGUCGAUAUUGAGUAGGCAUUCUUCCAUCAGUUAAGGUACUUUGUUUAAGCAUUCAAAUAAAUACCAU